AUGCCCAGCGACAGAAGCUUGAGGGGGAGCUCUGACCUGGUGAUCCCUGAGCAGCGUCCAAGCAGGGAGAAGCCCUUCAGGUGCUUGGAAUGUGGGAAGAGCUUCAGGAAGAGCACUGAACUCCUCAAGCACCAGCACAUCCACACUGGGGAACGUCCCUACACGUGUGUGAAAUGUGGGAAGAGCUUCAGGCAGAGCUCCAUCCUCUGCGCCCACCGUCGCAUCCACACUGGAGAACGGCCCUACAAGUGCUUGAAAUGUGGGAAGAGGUUUCGGACCAGCUCAGAUCUCCUCAGGCAUGAGCGGACACACACGGAUGAGAGACCCUUCCGCUGCACCGACUGCGGGAAGGGCUUCAAGCAGAACUCCCACCUUGUCACCCACCGGCGCAUUCACACUGGGGAGAGGCCCUACAAGUGCUUGGAAUGUGGGAAGAGCUUCGGGUCAAGCACCCACCUCCUCACCCACCAGCACAUCCACACUGGGGAACGGCCCUACACAUGUGGGGAAUGUGGGAAGAGCUUCAGGGACAGCUCCACCCUGAUCCGACACCAGCACAUCCACACUGGGGAACGGCCUUACCCGUGUGGGGAAUGUGGGAAGAGCUUCAAGGACAGCUCCAGCCUGAGCCAACACCAGAUGAUCCACACUGGGGAACAGCCCUACACUUGUGGGGAAUGUGGGAAGGGCUUCAGGAAGAACUCCCACCUGAUCCGACACCAGCACAUCCACACUGGGGAACGGCCUUACCCGUGUGGGGAAUGUGGGAAGAGCUUCAACCAAAACUCCCACCUCCGCAAACACCAGCACAUCCACACUGGGGAACGACCAUAUGAGUGUGUGGAAUGUGGGAAGAGCUUCAAGGACAGCUCCACCCUGAUCCGACACCAGCACAUCCACACUGGGGAACGGCCCUACAAGUGCUUGGAAUGUGGGAAGAGGUUUCUGACCAGCUCAGAUCUCCUUGUGCACCAGCGGACACACACGGAUGAGAGACCCUUCCGCUGCACCGACUGCGGGAAGGGCUUCAACCGGAACGGCCACCUCAUCAAUCACUGGCGCAUCCACACUGGGGAGAGGCACUACAAGUGUGGGGAGUGUGGGAAGAGCUUCACCGAGAGCUCUACCUUGACCAAACACCAACGGACCCACCGGUAAGGGAAGCCCUGUGAGUGCCCCGACUGCGGGAAGAGUUUUGGCCGUAGGACUGACAUGCAAAAAAGGUUUCAAAAGGUCUUCACGAUUUUGAGUAUCUGCACUCCAACAUCAGUUUAUUCUUUUGAAUAUGUGUAAGUUUAACGUCAUUUUAGUCUGAAAGCCAAAUUCACCACUACCCCGUUCCCUGAUAACCGUGGGCUGGUUCUGACAAGUGAGGCAGAAAUUACCCCCUGCCCAGCA